AUGCAAGACUUGCGGAAAAAUUGUGGUGAAGUGUUCCUAAGAAAACGUAUCAGGAGAGCCACUGGCGGGGACAAACUCUUAGAGUACCAGUAUCCCUGGUUAUCUAUCGUCAAGGCGUAUGGUGGUAACUGCACAGGAUCACUUAUUUCUUCUCGGCACAUAUUGACUGCCGCUCACUGUGUGGUGAACCAUGACAAGCCGGACCGAGAAAACUGUGUAACAACCCCUCUUCGUCAGUACCCCGGAGAAAUGAAAGUGCUGUUUCCUAACCACUGCGCUCAUUGCUCCAAGCAGUGGUUCAAAAUGUCUAAGGUAUACUACGGUGACUUCGACGACUGCACUUUUGAAAACGACAUAGCUAUAUUGGAACUCAGUAGAGAUGUUCCCGAGUUCAUAGCGACACCGAUUUGUAUGCCGGACAGAUACUAUCCUGUCGAAGAGCAUUUGAGGGUAGCGGGGACUGGUCUUCCAAACCGUAUGUUUCCAUUCCGUGAUUGA